AUGUUUGUGUGGGACACACCAGAGUUUGUGGCUCAACUCAGUUGCACUACAGUGCAUCAGGAGAUCACAGAGUCUGUUGCUACUGUCCAAACAAUCGUCUACAUCCUUGCUGAGAUCUCACAAAACAUUACCUUCAGAAAGCCUGAGAUUGAGAAUAUUCUUUAAACAGUGGACAUACUUGUAUCAAAGAAAUCUAGAAAACCAUGGGAGAAAUUAAACAACAGCAAGAUGACAGUAAACACCAGCAUUUCACUUCUGGGUGCUGUUGAAGACAUAUGCAGCCGCCUCACACAUGACAGUUUUGUAAUCAAUGAAACGCCCAUUGUGUUGAUCAACACUGUAAUAGAAAACUCAUAUAGUGGAAAAUCCAACCUGCCAAACUCAGCCACUGAGAUACUGAUACCGCAGGUUCUUAAACCAACCUCCUUGACUAUCAUAAUCUUCACAACAAUUGACAGUAUCCUACCUGCUCGCUAUACUAGUGCUCAUGGCGGGGGGAAACCAGAUAUGCACAUCAAUGGAGAUGUGGUUGUUGUUAGGGUUAAUCAAACACUUCAGAACAUUUCUUUUGCAUUUGACACCACUGAUCAGUCUUUGGGAAAUCCUCAGUGUGUCUUUUGGAACUUUGAUCUUGACAGAUGGGAUUCCACUGGAUGUGAAGUAAAGCCCUAUUUAAAUGAAGGGGGUAAAAUUGAUACGAUUACAUGUGAAUGCAACCACACAACCUCUUUUUCCCUCCUUAUGUCACCAUUUUUUAUUGAUGACAAAGCCUUAGACUACAUAACUUAUACUGGUCUAGGUAUUUCAGUGCUCAGCUUGGUAAUAUGCCUACUUAUUGAAGCUAUUGUUUGGAAAUCAGUGACAUCAUCCAGAGGUGUUAUAGUUGUAAGCUCCUACAUGCGACAUGUCUGCUUAGUCAACACUAAUGUUUCCCUGCUGGUUGCAGAUGUCUGUUUUAUCAUUGGAGUGUCAAUUGUGCAGCCAGGGUAGCUCGCUCCAGUGGGUCCAUGCACUGCAGUGGCUUUCUGCAUGCACCUCUUUUUCCUGGCUUUUUUCUUCUGGAUGUUAAUUACAGCGAUGCUGCUCUUAUACAGGACAGUCAUAAUAUUUUCCCAUAUGUCAACGGCCAAAAUGAUGGCCAUUGGCUUCUUUCUUGGUUAUGGUGCACCUUUGCUGAUAGUGGUCAUUACUUACUGGUUGACUGCUGGAGAAGGAAAAUAUAUUUUGGAAGCAGAUGUGUGCUGGUUGAACUUUGAUGAAACAAAAACACUGCAAAUUUUUGUGUCUCUGGCUAGCAGUUUUACAGCUGUCAAUAUUUUGAUUAUUAUUGUGGUUCCUAUUAAGAUGAUGAUUAAAACAGGGGUAGUUCAAGAUGAGGAGAGAAAUAUCUUGUCCCUCUUGACCCGUGUUGUGUUCAUACUGAGUCCUCUCUUUGGAUUACCAUGGGGAUUAGGAAUUGGAACCAUGCUGUCCCCUGCCUAUGGAAUUCAUCUGGUGUUUACAAUCCUCAAUUCCCUACAGACUAACAAGAGCAGUUUCGGUGCUGGUAACCAUAAAAGUGUUCCUUUUCCAUAUAAACUCAGAUGA